AGUGAGCGAGGAAGCAGGGGUUCGUGUCACCGCGCCUCCAACCGCAUCUCCCACCGCUUAUGCCUCCCGACGGCUGCAUUCUUCCUGCCGAGAGCCGACUCUCUGGAAAGUACAACAGUAAUGGAGUACAUGAGCACAGGAAGUGACAAUAAAGAAGAAAUUGAUUUAUUAAUUAAACACUUGAAUGUGUCUGAUGUAAUAGACAUUAUGGAAAAUCUUUACGCAAGUGAAGAGCCAGCGGUUUACAAACCCAGUCUGAUGACCAUGUGUCAAGACAGCAAUCAAAAUGAGGAGCAUUCAGAGUCUCUGCUGCUCAGCGGUCAAGAGAUGCCCUGGUUGUCAUCAGUCAGAUACGGAACCGUGGAGGAUUUGCUUGCUUUUGCAAACCAUAUAUCCAAUACCGCAAAGCGUUUUUAUGGACACCGACGACAAGAAUCUGGAAUUUUAUUAAAUAUGGUAAUCACUCCCGAAAAUGGACGCUAUCAAAUAGACUCUGACGUGCUCCUCAUUCCCUGGAAGCUGACUUAUAGGAAUAUUGGCUCCGAUUUUAUUCCUCGGGGGGCCUUUGGAAAAGUGUACUUGGCACAAGAUAUAAAAACUAAGAAAAGAAUGGCGUGUAAACUGAUCCCAGUAGAUCAGUUUAAGCCAUCUGAUGUGGAAAUCCAGGCUUGCUUCCGGCAUGAGAACAUCGCUGAGUUAUAUGGUGCAGUCCUAUGGGAUGAAACUGUCCAUCUCUUUAUGGAAGCAGGCGAGGGAGGGUCUGUUCUGGAAAAACUGGAGAGCUGUGGACCAAUGAGAGAAUUUGAAAUUAUUUGGGUGACAAAGCAUGUUCUCAAGGGACUUGAUUUUCUACACUCAAAGAAAGUGAUUCACCAUGAUAUUAAACCAAGCAACAUUGUUUUCAUGUCUACAAAAGCCGUUUUGGUAGAUUUUGGCCUAAGUGUCCAAAUGACUGAAGACAUCUAUUUUCCUAAGGACCUCCGUGGAACAGAGAUUUACAUGAGCCCAGAGGUGAUCCUGUGCAGGGGCCAUUCAACCAAAGCAGACAUCUACAGCCUGGGGGCCACACUCAUCCACAUGCAGACGGGCACCCCACCCUGGGUGAAGCGCUACCCUCGCUCAGCCUACCCCUCCUACCUGUACAUAAUCCACAAGCAGGCCCCUCCUUUAGAGGAUAUUGCGGAUGACUGCAGUCCCGGCAUGAGAGAGCUGAUAGAGGCGGCCCUGGAGAGGAACCCCAAUCACCGGCCCAGGGCAGCAGACCUACUAAAACACGAGGCCCUGAACCCCCCCAGAGAGGACCAGCCACGCUGUCAGAGUCUGGACUCUGCCCUCUUUGAGCGGAAGAGGCUGCAGAGUAGGAAGGAGCUGGAACUUCCUGAGAACAUUGCAGAUUCUUCAUGCACAGGAAGCACUGAAGAAUCUGAGAUGCUAAAGAGACAACGUUCUCUCUACAUAGACCUUGGAGCCCUGGCUGGCUAUUUCAACCUUGUCCGUGGUCCACCAACAUUAGAGUAUGGCUGAUGGUCGUUUGUUCUAAAUAAGACAGUUUUUUAUCUCCUGGAAGCUAGUUCUGCCGACUCUACCCAGGGGCUCUGUCUACUGAAUUGUGCCGUUUAUUAGCAGGCAGUGCUGGCUCCCAUGACUCAUGAAUGUGUCUCCACAUGGCUCCUGUGUGUUUGAUUUGUGGAGCUGCCCUGGUACCCACCAGGUCUAAAGCUCCUUGUUUCUCAGAUGGUGUGACUCAAGGGGAAGAAUUAAGUGUUCCUAGAAGGAUCAUUUCUGGUGACUGAUUUCGUGUACUGUGCACUUUGAUCAAAAUUUUAAAAAUACCAAUUACGAGAAUAAUAUAUCAGCCUGAAAUUACUAUUCUUGGUUCUAACCUAAGUAUGGGAACUUUACUUAACUCAGAAUAGUCAUUUUGUAUAUACUAGUGUAUAUUAUGCACUAACUCCUUGAGCCGUUGUUGGAAUAUUCUAGGUUAAAUUAAAGUCAUUAUAUUUUGGGUGAAUAAAAUAACUUGAAUAUUAUAGCAAUAAGCUGAACUAGUGUCUUGAAAAUGGCUGAUUGGUGAGGAGCCACCUGACAUCAGGCCACUAGUGAUGGGUUCUGUUAUGUUCCUAUGGAAACGUUUUAUACUGUACAUGCUUAAAACAUUUAAAACAUGAUGUUUUGAAUGUGGAUAAAACUGUGUAAACCACAUAAUUUCUGUACAUCCCAAAGGAUGAGAAUGUGACCUUUAUGAAAACUGGAAACUUGUCCUUUCUUAAUGAUGCUACUUUUGUAACUCCUGUGACUCUAUUUUCUUUUAAGCAUCUGUAUAUUAAAAUAGCAUACUAUGUAUGUUUUAUAUCAAAUGCCUUCAUGAGUCUUUCUUAUACAUUUUUUUUAACAUUGUAAAGUAUGUGACUAUAUUUACUUAAAGUAUGUUUUUACAUCAUGCAAAUGAAACCAAUACUGUUAUCCAAUAUGAUUAGUCAAAUCAACUGAAUAAAUUCAAUAUUUUGCCUAAUUAUUGUGAAAGGUGUGAUUCUAACCCGGGACUGGAGGUGGGCUCAAGGAGUUGGGAUAUAGGUUGGAGAACAUGUAUCAUGAGGAGGCAAAAAAAUACUUGAGAGCUUUGCAAAUUGUAUGUACGUUCCUCUUCUAUUGCUGCGGUAUCAAGCUGUUGUCAUCUAGUUUGGGUUGCAUCCCUUCGGUACAUGGAGGCAA